AUGGCCACGAAUCGCCUGUAUGAGGGCAACAGGGAGUGCACCCUGGAUCAGCAUGUGCGGCAGCUGUUGCAGCAGCAAGAGACAGCGGCUGCUGUGUUGAUUGACGAUGACGCACAAAUACGUGUCACUGCGGACCAGGAAGCACAGUUGCGGAGGGGCACUGUUGCUAGAGUAGAUGCCCCUGACUUUGAACCAAAGGCCAAGGCGAAGACUAGUCAAAGCCAGUCUGCCCCGCUAUGUAAUGGACCAGCUGUGCUUUCGAAGGACAGCCCUUUAAUGUACAUGCUUCAAUUUGAACCAAAGCGGUUGAAGAGGCAUCGUACGCAGCUUUGCCAGUAUGACGACUCGGCUUGCCC